UUCCCACGAUGGAUCCUCAACUAGUAGGUGCAAGCAUGCCUCUCGAAUCGCAAUCCAAAGUGCAGGACUUCUACCGGGGAUCAACGAUCCUGAUUGCCGGUGGAACCGGAUUCGUCGGAAAACCUCUUCUGGAGAAGAUACUGCGAAGUCUGACGGUGAAGAAAGUCUACCUGCUGAUUCGGAGCACACGUGGCGCCAGCGCUGAGGAUCGUUUUGAGCGGUUACUGGAAGAUCGACUGUUUGAUCUGGUGCGGGAGCAGGUCGGGAAAGUGGAACCCGUUGAGGUGGAUUACGAUCGCAGUGGAUUUGGAUUGCAAGGCGCGUUAGCUGAACGGCUGCAAAAAGAAGUGCAAGUGGUAUUCUACUGUCUGGCUGAUGUCAAGUUCAAUCAACCGUUGAAGGAAGCUAUCCGAACGAACGUCCGGAUUGGGAGGGAUGUGCUUAGUUGGUGCAGAAGUUUCUCGAACUUGAAGGCAAUUGUGCAUACGUCAACGUUCUACAGCGAUUGCAAUAAGUGUUUUGUCGAGGAGAAGGUUUCGGAUGAAUUACCUUUCGGCAAUUAUAAAUUGUGUAUGAAAAUGGCUGAGGACUUGUCCCGGGACGAGGGCGAGAAGAUAAAGGAGACUGUUUUAGGUGAUUACCCGAACACCUAUGCCUACACUAAGAAGCUAGCUGAAGUCAUGAUCGAGAAGGAAUUCGCUAGAGAUCUACCGAUUGGAAUAUACCGACCACCGGUAGGUAAGUGUCACGAUAUCAAUUUUGUUAAAAAUGGCUUCGACCGAACUCAUGCUGAUCCACAGUAUCACCCACGUACUGCGAACCUAUGGCUGGAUGGACGGACAACUUCUACGGAAUCACUCAGCUUCUGGUACGCUGGAUUCAAGGAUUUGAUGACCGUAUGGCUGGACGGUGCCAACGGAACGGAUCACUACUACUAUCGCCGAUCACUGCAGCGUUACGCGUUGUACAACCAAGCAGUCGCAUUUAUCGGCGGCGACGGCUUGCAGGACGAACCACCAGACGAACAUCUGUCGAAGGAAGCGGGAGCUAGUCACAACUAUGGCGAAUCGUCUGAAAUGAUGAGGAGAAAGAAAACAGACGAAGAACACCAACGGAAGAUCAAAGCCAUGAAGCAGCUGUACAAACCGCCGGCGGUGGAGGAAAUCAAUUGGUUGAAGGAACCGCAAUAUUUCUACCAUUCGAAUCUGUUCCGCCUGCAGGUGAAAGAGGUGCUAAGUGAGGUGAAGGGGAAAUUCAAGGUGUUAAAUUAUAUUGAGCGUUGGUUGGGCGAUUUCCGGAAGUUUCUGAGGACGGUAAAAGAUGCGGACAAUGAACGAUCUCUGAACGAUGUGGAUUAUGAAGGGGUUGAUUUUACGCUGGCAUUUCCCGACGGCUCGCAUGUUAUCGCCAAGGAAAGCUUCAAAUUCGUUCAGCAACGGAUCGUGCACCAUGUUGGAUCCAGUCGUCUGGGAACAUCUUAUGGCAAGCCACUGAAAGUGGAUUUACUGCUGGAGAUUCCGGACAAGUGUUUCCGGAAGGAAGAUUACCUCAACUUAAUUACCUUAACUCACAUCUUCGUGCUGGUGAAGAGCUUCGUCCCGGCGGAUUUCUACUGCGCCUGGGCAGCUAGACUGCGUGAGCACGAGUUCAUCCGCAUGAACAUCGAAAUUCCCUAUCUCAACUACGAUUACGACCGAUGCCUGGAUCUGAUCAUGGUUGGUGCCGGAAUCCAUCCGUUGGCUGGCGAUGAACCUUGGAAGCGUAACUGCCUGUAUGUAUACCGACUGCUGGGGUUCUACCAUUUCCUCAUGGCUCUUGCCAAGCUCGGAUUUAGUAUCCAGAACCUAGAUGAUCCGGAAGGACUAUUCUCGUCUGUCACGAUUGUAGCGUCUAUGGCAACAAUCUACGCCAAAGCAUUUACCCUCGGGCACUACGAUAAAGCUGUUCGACAAUCCAAGAUUUUUGUCAACAGCAACUUUGGCCAUUCGGGUGAUCCCGGCUUUGACAAAACGGUUCAGCGGGACUCAACGAGGACCUCCGGAAAAGUAACGUUGAUCAUAAUGGACGAUAUUCGGGAGCUAGGGGUAGCCGAGUUCUAUCGCAACUCUGUCAUCCUCAUCACUGGCGCCACAGGUUUCGCGGGGCAAGUUCUACUGGAAAAAAUUCUACGAAGUCUUGAACCACGUAAGAUCUACGUUCUGGUACGGAGCAAGCGAAACGCGAACGGACACCAACGGAUGCAUCGUCUGUUGGCGAGUGUUCUCUUCGACAAGGUUCGCAGUCAUGAUCUACCAAGCCGUGUGAUACCAUUGGAGGUUGACUUUGAACAAGAAAAUCUCUCGAUUGAUGAAUCCCUUCGAGAAACUCUUGCAAAUGAGGUCAACGUAGUGUUCAAUCUUUUGGCCAGUAUUAACUUCAACGAUCCCAUUUCCAGUGCUCUGAAAACAAACGUUGAGUACCCCAGAAAACUCCUGCAGCUAGUGAACACCUUCCACCAUCUGAAAUCGAUGAUGCACGUGUCCACCUUCUACUCCAACUUUGACCAAAGUACAAUUGAAGAGAAGAUAUACGAGGAUACUCACUUCGGUGGAUAUGAAAACGUCCAGCGAAUUCUAGCUCAUCUGAAUCAAUCGGAAAAGGACGCUUUAACGCCACUAAUUUUGGGUAAACUACCAAACACCUACACCUACACCAAGAAAUGCACAGAAUCAAUGAUCCAGGACAGCUUUAGCCAUCUACCGAUCGGAAUCUUCCGACCUCCAAUUAUAACUUCGACAUACCGUGAACCGAUUCAGGGAUGGUACUACAAAUAUAACGGUCCCUGCGGAUUGAUGCUUGCCAUCUACAAUGGACUACUGAGGGUCAUGCCGUUUGAUUUCAGCAAGAAACCAUUUCUAGCCCCCGUUGAUUACUGUGCGAAUGGAAUACUCUGCUGCGCCGUGGACGUGUUCAAGAAGCACCGAUCUACGGUCCAGGUGUACAACUUCACGGAUGACACCCGGAACUGCAACUGGAAGGAGGUUUACUAUGGAUAUGUAAAUGGGAUGAAGCCUUUCAGUGCAUACGUCAAUGGUCGAUUUUUGACGAUUACGAGCGAUAAUCAUCUGCUGUGCUGCAUUGCCCAUGGGUGGAUGCGGCUGCAGGCGGCUUUCGUGGAUUGGAUCUUCUGGGUCUUUUGGAAGAAGCAACGAGCAGCAACGGCUACGGUGGAGCGAAUCAUUUCUCUUUCAAAUAUAGUGAAACCAUUUAGUGUCAACGAUUGGGGAACGGAGAACUGCAACAUGAUCAAAGUGAUCGGAGAACUUAACCCGCAGGAUAGGGAACUAUUUCCCUGUGACCUUAGAGAUAUAGACUGGAAGCCGUAUCUGGAGGGCUUCAUUCCAGGGGUUCUGAAGUACGUCGUAGGAAAGCAGCAAAACUCGAGGCACGCUGAAUCCAGUGCUGAUCGUUGA